AUGUCACGCUAUGUCUACGACAUUUGCGAAUACCAUCACGAUGUUGGCAUUUGUGCUGCUAACGCUGUUGUGUGCCGCCUCGCAUCCCACUUGGUGCUCGCCCUACCUGUCUUGUCAGCCUGCAAAAAUUCGGAUUCUCCCUACUCCGUCGACAUCAGAGAUUACGCAUCGGACGGAAGCCGGGGUAUUUAUGGCUCCGAUACCACCACCGACACCGAAUCUGCGGACUACCUGACGACACCGACAACCACGUGCAUAACCGACACCAUGUACACCUCGAUGACGACGAGCGAGGCCGAAUGCGCCAUCGAAGUGGAGGCUUGCAACGAUGACACGGAGUGUGUAGACUGCGCCACGUCGUAUGCUGCACUCGUGGAGGGAUGCCUUGAGUCAGUGGGUGGCCGCAAACACUCCAGAGAUUUGCCCCUCGAGGGAAGCCACAUCGGGAUGAGCUCUGCCGGAGAUGAAGAGCGCACUGCUGCGAGCGGAGAACAGAUCCGCCCGCCGGUGCAGGAGGGAAGCGAUGGGGAGCUUGCAAGUUUGCAACUGCAGGUCUCACGAUUGGCGGCCCUGGUGGAGGAGUCGAUGAAGAAGAAAGCGCCUGGCAGCGUCGCGGCGGAUGCAGCCAGUAGGGACAGCUGGGGCUCGAAACAAGCCCUCAUGAAGAAAAUGGUCAACUUCACGAUCCCCACACACAGCAGCAGAAACCCCAUGGAGCACCUUAACUCGCUCGAGCUGCUGUACUCACGCCUGCGCGAAAAAGGGCUCAAUGCUGAACAACCCUUCGUUCUCGCCCACUUCGUUGGUUCCCUCCCACCCGAGUACCAACAAGCGAAGUUCCUGUUGGAGACAGCAACGGCGCUGGAUAGGGCCGAGAUCGUCAGGAUCGUGAGCACGGUGCACGCAAGCCUUCCGGAGGGGAGGAAGGCCUCGAAGGGCCAGCGGAGGGCGGAGCACGCUCUCCUCGCGAGCGACGGUAGUGGUGGGGAAGGAGCGCCGGGCCGCGGCAACGGCGGCUGCCCCAAGGGUGGUGGUGGCGGCAGCGGCGGCGGCAACCAGAAGGGAAGAGGGGGUGGCGCGAAGGCUGGAGGCGGCAGCGGAGGCGGCGACGACGAUGCGGGUAGCAUGCGCGGUCGCUGUUUCCGGUGCGGCAAGAAGGGCCACCAGGUGGCAGACUGCACCGAGAGCAAGCCCGUGCGAUGUGAGACAUGCAAGGGCUACGGACACGACAAGAGCAAGUGCCCGACCGAGGGGGCAGUGCUUGUGGUGGAAGCGCCGGCGGGGGGGGCGUCUGCGGACGCCACAGCACUGGACGUGGCAGAAGAAGCGCUGGUGGUCGGUGACAUCUCAGGCGAGUGUCACAAAGUCGUUGGUCGAGGGGGUGUAGAGCAGGCUAGGCGGGGUAGGUAUGUUGCCGAUACCGGCGCUACCACCCACAUGUUCGCGAACUCAGAUGGGUUCGUUCGUUUCGAAGAGUGUGAUCGACGUGUGCGCGUCGCCGCCGGGGAAACCUUUUUCCCCAUCGUGGGGUACGGCGACGUGAGGAUGACCCUUAGCUCGCGCGACUGCACAACCGACCUGUUGUUGAAACGGGUUGCACACGUUCCCCGAGUAUAUUACAACCUAGUACCUCGCACUUCCCUCUUCGACGAUGGGUCCGAAACCAAAACCCUCAAUAAAAACGAGUUGGAAUUGGAGAGAGGGGGGGGGGAGGGGGUGUACUUCCCCCGAUGCGGUAACCUGUACGUCCAAAACGGUUUCCGCACACACACCGAACAUUCCCAUGCCGCAAUUGCUCCUGGCAACGCGAAAGCGCCCAGCGCCCCCGUUGACAUCAACGAUUUCCACUGCGCGCACGGCCACUCCCACGAGGUGCUGCUGAGGACCACGGCAAAGCAGCAGGGGACGAAGCUGGUGGGCGAGCUCCGGGAGUGCCUGGGAUGCUCGACGGCGAAGGGGAUUUCCAAGCCAAUCCCCAACAAGACGUCGACCCGAGCAGCUAAGAAACUGCAGCGAGUUUUCGUGGAUUUGAGUGGAAAAUCUAUAGGGUGGAACUGUGUCUACUUCCUGAAGCACAAAUCAGACGCAGCUGAGGCAUUCGAGAGGUACCUUGCAGAAAACCGGGCACACGGUGCCCCGUCCGAUGUAAUGGUCGUGAGAUCUGACAACGUACGAGAGGUUUUUGAGGGAGAGUUCGGCAGGGUGUGCCGGAAGUACUGCAUCAAACAGGAGUUCACCCACGCACACAGCUUAGAAUACAAUGGUGUAGCUGAGAGAGCACUGAAUCUGAUCAAGGAUGCAGCACUAGCCGCCCGUAUCCAAGCGCCAACUCUUUACCCCGGAGCACCGAACUACCCAUCCCUUUGGGCCGAGGCCAUAGCUUGGUCAUGCAACGCCCUGAACUGCACCUCCACCACAUCCAACCCAGAGAAGAAGUCGCCGUACGAGAUGUGGCACGGGCACCCUCCCCCGCCGGGGGCGACGUACCCGUUCCUCAAACCUGCCGUAUACAAGUCGCUGCCUCCCAUCGCAGAGAAGGAAGAGGAAUUCGCGACUGGGAAGGACGAGGUUGGGGAGGGCGCGUCGAGCCAAGGAGGGAGGGCGGAGGGAGAACCUGUGGAUGGAGGACCAGGUUUCAACCUUGGCACGACGGCAGCCCCGGGGCCCGCGGGGCCGGCCGCGCCCCAGGAGUCGGGCGCGGGCAACGCUGGUGAUGGCGCCCCCUCGAGCAGGGAGGGCGCGAGCGUCGCCCCAUCUACCACGUCGACCGGCACGGCCGAUGUGGGCGGCGGCGAGGGCGACCGCCGCCGCAGCAGCAGCCGUGGUAGCGGCGGCAGCGGCAGAGAUAGCAGCAGCGGCGGCAGCAGCGGCGAUGACGGCGGUAGCGACAGCAGCAGCGGCAGCGACAGCGAGACGGACCUCCCGGCGCUCAGUGGGCCAGAAGCCCGGCGGCUCGCCCGCUUCGUCAAGCCGGCGGAACCAACCAGCCGCCGCACCAGGGGCAACCCUCGCCGAAACCCGAGGUACGAGUCGCCCCGGUCGCCGACAAGUGCCGAAGCCCUGCUCGCCUCGGCAGCGAGCCUGCCCGUCAGCAGCACGGAGGAGUUCACCAGCUGGAUGCUCCCGGCGGUACUUCACGUGGCGGAAGGGCUAGAGGCGAGGGCGGUGCGAGAGUUGCUGUUCGAGCGCGCGGAAGUGGCCCACGCUGCGCGCCAAGAGGAGGAGGACUUCCUACUGGUUGCGGUGGACUUCAUGCUCAACUCGCCAGAUGCCUUCGAGACGGCUCUGGCGUCCCACGAGCUAAGUGAAUUCCCCAUAGGACCGAAGCGAGAUGACGAGAAGGGAGGGGAGUGGCCGGUGAGGGAGGCCAUCGGCAGCAUGAUGUGGCUGUCGACGCUCUCGCGUCCAGACGUCUCGUGUGCGGAUACUGGUUGCUCCGUCGACAUCGGAGAUUGCGCAACGGCCGGAAGCGUGGCCAUUUCUGGCUCCGAUACCACAACCGACACCGAUUCCACGGGCUACCUGACCUCAUCGGCCACCACAUCCACAACCGACACGGGAUUCCCAAUCGAUACCACCACCAACUCCACUUACACCUCGAUGACGACGAGCGAAUGCGCCAUCGAAUUAGAGGCUUGUAAAGCGGAUGGCGAGUGCAUCGUAUGCACCCAGUCGUACGUUGACACCAUGGAUGGGUGCUUUGCUUCAGCGACUGGCUCCAUUUGCGACGAUCUUGAAGGAGCUGUGUGCUGUGCGGUGGAUGGCUGCGAGGACAUCGAUGCGCUCAAUGACCACUUAGCCUGCAUCAAUGCGGAUUCUACUUGCUUCAUCGACAUUGGAGAUUGCGCAAUGGACGGAAGCGCGGCCAUUUUUAUCUCCGAUACCACCACCGACACCAAUUCCGCAGGUUACCUGACGACACCGACCACCACAUCCACAACCGACACCGGACCCCCCAUCGACACCACCACCGACUCCAUUUACAAGUCGAUGACGGCGAGCGAGACCGAACGCGCCAUCGAAAUUUCGGCUUGCAACGAGGAUGACGAGUGA